ACGUGGUCUUUUCUCUAACGCGCGAUCCCAAGAUGGUGAGUUAGUGAGUGGAAGAAAAAUCCUAAAGCCCAAAAGCGAUCCUUCUUGUGACAGGCUUUACUGCAUCUGCAACUUGUAGACAAAAGGUACAUUUUCCCUGUGUAGGUGAAGCUAAAGGCGCACGAGUUACGGGGGAAGAACAAGGAUGAGCUGACGAAGCAGCUGGAGGAGCUCAAGACCGAGCUCUCGCAGCUCAGAGUCCACAAGGUCACCGGUGGAGCCGCUUCCAAACUCUCCAAAAUUAAGAUGGUGCGGAAGUCCAUAGCUCGCGUGCUGACGGUUAUAAACCACAACCAGCGGACCAACCUGAGGAAACUCUAUGCUGGGCGCAAGUACAAGCCUCUGGACCUCCGCAAGAAGCUGACUAGGGCCAAACGACGUGCCCUCACUCCCAAGGAACUCAAGUGCAAGACGGCCAGGCAGAAGAAGAAGGCAAUGUACUAUCCUCCACGUGUGUUUGCACUAAAGGCAUGAGUUGUGGUGUGAUUGCAUUGAUGUGAAUACUUUUCAUGAGUUUUCCUGGCAAUCAAA